UUUUGCAUUUCCUUAAUACACAUACCUGAGGUAGAAGCAUUCCAAUCUCUUCCACUUCCUUGACACCGAAUAAUGCAUAUCCAGCUGCAUGCUCGAACAGCACGUGUAAAAGCACCUGAGAGACAGACAGAAGUUGCAGGUCAACACCAGCACGUGCAUGAAGCCCACAUGGUGAUGGCACCUCCAGGCACAAAGAAGCCUCGUUUUUAAAGCAGCCUCAUUUUUAAGUAUUUAAUAUGAUAAUACAGCAUUGCGUAAGUAGAAGAUAACAAGUCGUUAAUAAACUACCCAUGUUUAGAUUUUAUUGCAUUAGAGCUUGAAGCUGAGGAGAAACACAUUAGCAUGGGUUAGCACAGACGCAACACGUGCUACUCCAGUGGAUCAAAUACUCAGCGCGUGCCUUAUCAAACUGAACAACAUCUCAUAGCACUGCAAUCAGAACCAGAACAUCGGUCCAAAUCACGAACAGGAGGUGGAGGAGUUUAUGGAAACAUACGUCAGAGAUAGUAAAUAAGAGCUUAGUGUGAUCCGAGGGUUCCUAUAAAGCUGACUGCUCUCUGACCACUGACACAAACAUAAACCCUGCCACGAAGGCCACCUGCAUGCUGUACAAAGAUGCGUGGAGCAGUUACAGGAUGUCUGGUGCUGGUGUAUGUUAUUGCUCUUCAGGCUGACCAGGCAGAGGGACACAUCGCAUUCUUCAGCCCCAAAGAGAUGAGAGAGCUCAGGGAAAAGGAGGGAAGGAAGGAUGCUGAUCUGCGGGCAGAGGAGGUUUUGAUUGACGAGAUGUCUCCAGAGGAGAACAGAGGAGAGUCAGCGGGCCAGCUUGUAGAAAUAGGGUUGAAGCUCACUGCUAAAAAGGGCCACAUUGGAUCUGCUUUUGGUAAGAUGCUGCAGAACAUUGUAGAAGAGCCAGAGACCGUGAAAUAAGGCCGGCAUUUUUAUCUGCAUUCAACGACAAUUGCAGUCUGAUGAUUCGCCACAAUUGCAAGCACAAAUAUUUUGUCUAUGAAUGUAAAUGAAUCACAAUAAAAUGAAAUUGCAUGCAAA